UCUAUCUACCCGACAUAAUUCAUCGAAGAGAGCCCAUGUAGACCCGCCAGUCAACGCAGUCAGCAUGGAAUUCAACCACUUUAUCAGCCUCUGUGGUCGGUCGCUUUUUACCGAGGAGUAUCGCGGUGACCUAGACGCUGCUUGGGAGGCAUUGCAGCAGGCCAAGUCAAGUGUCUCUCCGGCUGAGCCAGAGCCCCAUGCAGAGUACCUGCGAUGCUUGAUCAUUUACUCCAUUCUAACAGGCAAGAUACAAGAUGCCCAGGAAAGCUUGAACGCCUUGUAUGAGCUCCUGGGUCGAGUGUCUUCUGAAUGGGGCUUGCGUUAUACCAAUUACCAGCUAUUAUGUGAUUACUAUAGGCGCUACCCCCCUUUGCUUCACUUCUUCCACGAGCGAGGAAGACCUAUCAACCUAGUCAUUCUCAGUGACAUUAUUGGACCACAGGCCAUCAUGUCGAAGUUCACGGAGAAUUUUCAGCGAUACUUCCCCACUGGAAGUUCUCAGGAUCAAGUCACCUGUCAAAUUCUAGGCGCGGUGCAAUGGCUCCCCAUGCAAGUAAGGACCCUGGUGGCUACAUAUCACCCGUCGUUUCCUACUACUGCUCCUCCAGACCAUUCGAAGACUGUGGACUGGGAUGCCGUCAUUCCAGAAAAUGCCAAGUUCUUGAUCAAGUACCGAGAACUGGCAAGAUCCCAUGGUGCAACAACCAUCGCUAACUAUUUGUCCCGUCUGAUCGUUGAAUUCCACCUUGCCUGCCAACACCCAAACCAGGUAUCCGCCUUGACGGACUUAUACAGAGACUAUGAGAGCCUGGAAGACCUGAUUGGAAUGGCCAACUGCAAGCUUAUGGAGGGGGACAAUCUUCUAAGUCCUCCAUUUGCAAGUCCAAUGUCUCUGAAUAUGGUACUGGUGGAGGCUUCCAGCGCAGUAGGGCCAGAUACUCUUUGGGAUCCUGUCGAUUUCAAUCUCAAGUUUGAACAUACAUCACAAGCAAAGGACUGUUACGAGUCCGCGUUGAGUCUGUUUCGGAAUGGGGACUGCAAGAGAGGUCAGGCUGCCAUACUGCUCAGACAGGCCUGCUGCUUGCACAACGAGAUACGAUACCUAUGCAGAGCCGGAAAAUGUAGCGACGAAUUAUUUAAUGAGGCUGAAGAGAAAUUAUGUCAAGCACACGGUCUUUUCGGUCGAGACGAGGUCAGUACUCGUAUGGUCGAGGCGCAUCAAAUCCUUCUCAGCAUAUCGAGAGGAGUGCCAGCUAAGAUCAAGGUCAUGGCGCAAAGGAUAGGGGAGUGGGGAAUCGAGGCUAGAAACGAGCAGGUUGCACAUGCACUUGGACUACUAAUGAUGCGCUUUGCUCAUCAUGAGUGGAGUCGAUUCGGCAACUUAGAUACUGCUACUCUUGCUUGGGAGUGUGCAUCUGAGGUGUUCAAUGCUCUUCAAGAUGUGAUCCCGGAGUUUCAGACUUUGAUGUCUCGAGCAGUGGCCUAUCACGAGAUGUUCAACGGUCCAGCAGUGAAGAUAAUCGCUUCCAAGGCUCUAAACAUGGUAGAUUCUGUCAUCGAUGCAUACAACCGAAUUUUGAAUGAUGCACCUGAUACGCCUAUGGGCUUGCUUGAUCGAAAAACCUUGCUUGCAAGUAAGUUCAAUACACUUUGGACGUUUGAGACCAACAUCGUUCAGAUAUUCCUUCGCUUGGAGGAACUUGAGCUCCUUGAUGAUUGGCAGAAAAAACUCCUUACUAUCAUCGAGGGGGACGAAAGUUUCCAGCAUUUCAUCGGGGCCAUCGAACAGAGAAAUGAUGCCAGGAAAUUACUUCCGGACUUGGGCUAUUCCCAAGACAGGCUAAAAGGGUUGUGGAAGGAAACCAUGGCUCAUCAUGCAGUAAGGCUCAAAUAUGCUUCGGCCGACAUAAGACGUCGUCAAUAUUUGGCGGAAGGGAACAUUGAUGAAGCCAACAAGGUUCUUCGCUGCUUCGUAAAUGAUGCCGAAAAGAUGGAGCGGGUGUACACGCGAGACCUUUACCGCAUAUUGGCUUGUGAGAACAGUGGGGACAGAGCCAAAGCCCGGUCUAUAUUGGACGACAUCAAUGAUGACAUGCUUUUUGGAGGGACCUUGGAAGGUUUUCUCCAGGGAAAGGCCCUGAAAACUCGCUUUCCCGCUAUCGCCGAGAAUGCUCUAAUAUUCACAAUAUACGGAAAUGACAUGGACAGGGCCUUGAAAAUUGUCAACUUGAUCAGAAAAAUAGAUGCAGAUUUCUUCGACUGGUCAUUCGAGCAUAUUUACAAUUACUCUUAUCGAAUUGGGAACUAUGGCUCAAUCUUGCUCGGUAACAAUUACCCCCAAGAAGCGUUUCACCAAUUGCUUGAGGCACGCCGAUUAAUUGAGAUUCGGCGCACCCACACGACUGACAUCGACUCCCGAAUCGGUAACUCAAUGUCUAGGUGGCUUUAUGAUGUAUUUCUGGAUCUAGCGCGUUCUUGUCUUCGUUGUGAAGAGGCAGAUGUUCCGCUGGCCGUGUUGUCUCGGUACGAGCACGGGCAUCCUGGGAAAAUCUCGUGGCCGGAACAUGCCUUGCUUUUUCUGGAAGAGAGUAGAGCUCGCGUCGUGCUUGACUCUUUAAAAGAUGAGUUGACUAGCGGGAGAGAAACAGACACAAGACUGACCCUGCUUUCGGAAGCCAUAUAUAAGCAACGAGCUUUAAGAAUGCUGCUUGCCCUGGACCAUCCAAGCCCCGAGCAAGAGGAAGAAAUCUCCCAGCUCCAAAAAGAGAUUGACGAGCUAAAAUACCAUGAGCUUCCUCCUGCAACCACACAGUUUAUCGUUGCCACAAACUCCACGGUUGAGCCCCGGUUACUAUACGGGAAUAUCGACGACGAUGCAGUGGUGCUAGAGGCCACCUUUGGUAUUCGAGGCUUUGUGGCAUUCGCAAUCACUAGAGAUGGUAUUCAAAAUGUCCAUUAUGGAGGUGCAUCCACCGUUGAUAUGCAGAAGCCUGCUAUGCGUUUUAUGCAGGUCAUGAGAGAAUUGAGCGGGUACCAUGGAGAAGAAGAAGACAAGCGCAAACGGAUUCUCAGCGAGCUGUCUGCGGAGAUCUCGUCGGUACUCGUAACGCCGUUCGCAGCCAUAGUCAGACAAAAAGCACAUGUCAUAUUCUCGAUAUCAGAGCCUUUCACAGCAUUUCCUUUCUCUGCCCUUCUCUUCGAUGGCAAACCCUUGAUUGCACAUGCAUCAGUAUCACAAAUCCCAAGCCUGACAGUUUUGCACUAUGUUUCCCAGCGGCGAAGUGCCUCGCGAAGUCCGGCACCCACAGUAACUGUCUUCGCGAAGUCACCUGUCGGAACUUCGACCCCUAAAACAAGAGCUGGAGACGAGGCAGAUCUCCACAUGGCAGGCAUCGAGGCAGUCAAUAUCGCGCGGAUGUUCUCGACCUGGCCGGUUGAAGCGUCGGGCCUCUCGCGAAAGAGAUUUCGCGAGUAUAUCAAGGGCACAUCGUCCGUCCUUCACAUCGGAACUCACGGUGAUGUGAACCGGAAGAACCCUCUGAUGUCUUCCAUCUCUAUUGGGGAAGACUUCCGCGUUUUGGAUCUAUCCGAGCUACAGAGUAAUGCAAAUCUCAUAGUUUUUGCAGCAUGUCUGAGUGGACUCGGCAAGGCAACCCUUGGGAGCGAGUUCCUGGGUUUCUCCCACGUCGUGCUCGGCACUGGAUGUCAGGCAUUUAUGGGUACGCUGUGGAAGGUCAGCGACUUUGGGUCCAUGCUGCUGAUGACUACCUUCUAUCGGAAUCUUAAAGAAAAAAGGCACUUAUCUUUAGCCGAGGCGCUGAGAGACGCACAGACGGAGCUUUUAUGCUUUGACAGCGAAAAGGCGAGCCGAUUUCUGGAUAAUCUGCUAGAGUCAUGGACCUCAGAAACCGCCGGUGAGAACUGUCCUGCUGAGUUCGUGCCCGAUGCGGAGUUUUUCCUUUUCACGUCGAAAAUGAUCUUGGACGAGCUAGACUGGUCGAGUCCGUUCUUUUGGGCACCCUUUAUGCUGAUGGGCUACGGGGGACAUCAUCUGUCCUUCCAGGGGACUCUUUGAAAAUGUGUUUGCCUAUCCUUGGCAUAUAGACCGAUCUCAGGAAGCGAUAACAUAAAUCGAGCUGUUAUGAUGAGCUCGGGGUAUAGAGAAUAAUAAUUUCAGGAAUCAAGAAUGA